CGGCCGAGCUGGAGCGGAGCUGUCCGGAACAUCCGGCUGUAGCUCCUCAACAUAAACAGCUAUGGCGGAGGCAGCAGCAGCGUCUACGGCGGCUUCACCAGGUAUAGGAGGUUGGACCAAACACGUAACCUGCAGGUAUUUCAUGCAUGGUCUUUGCAAAGAAGGAGAGAACUGUCGAUAUUCCCACGACCUGACCAAAAGCAAACCAGAAGCCAUGAUUUGCAAGUUCUUUCAGAAGGGAAACUGUGUGUUUGGGGACCGUUGCAGGUUUGAACACUGUAAACCGGAAAAGAACGAGGAGUUGCCAACCACAGAGACGCUGCCGCUGCCCACUGCCUCGCCUACCGGCUCAUCAGAUCCAGAACCCAGUGGGCCAACGCCUGGUUCAGGGGCACAAGACUGGGUCAACGCUGCCGAGUUCGUUCCAGGACAACCAUACUGUGGACGGGCUGAGCCAGUGAAGGGAGAGACCUCCGUCCCUCUCAUCGAGGAGUUGGACCGGGAGGCGUCGCAGGACAACAAAGCGCUGAGGAAGCAGCUCUGUCCGUACGCGGCUGUCGGAGAGUGUCGCUAUGGCAUCAACUGUGCGUAUCUCCACGGCGACGUGUGCGACAUGUGCGGCCUCCAGGUUCUCCAUCCCACCGACAACGGCCAGCGCUCCGACCACACCAAGGCAUGCAUCGAGGCCCAUGAGAAAGACAUGGAGAUUUCGUUUGCCAUCCAACGCAGCAAAGACAUGAUGUGCGGCGUGUGCAUGGAGGUGGUGUUCGAGAAGGCCAACCCCAGCGAGCGGCGCUUCGGCAUCCUCUCCAACUGCUGCCACUGCUACUGUCUAAAGUGCAUUCGCAAGUGGAGGAGUGCCAAGCAGUUUGAGAGCAAAAUCAUCAAGUCUUGCCCAGAGUGUCGAAUCACAUCUAACUUUGUCAUCCCAAGCGAGUACUGGGUGGAGGAAAAAGAAGACAAACAGAAACUCAUCCAGAAAUACAAGGACGGCAUGGGGAGUAAACCGUGUCGGUACUUUGACGAGGGCCGUGGAACGUGUCCUUUCGGCUCCAAUUGCUUCUACAGGCACGCCUUUCCCGACGGACGGCUGGAGGAAGCGCAACCUCAGCGAAGACAGACGGGGUCCAGCAACAGGAACAGGAACUCGAGGCGAACCCCGCUGUGGGACAUCUUUGACGAGCGGGAAAGCACCGACUCGUUCGACAACGAGGACGAGGAGAUGGUGACGUUCGAGCUGAGCGAGAUGCUCCUCAUGCUGCUCGCCGCGGGGACCGACGACGAGGUGACGGACUCAGAGGACGAAUGGGACUUGUUUCACGAGGAGCUGGACGAUUUCUAUGAGAUUUACCUAUAGCAGCCCCGCCUACCAACCCCCCCAAUCCCCCCCCCCCCCCUAUGUAUACUAGACCCUAGAAUGGACUGUCUUGUGCGAGUGAUAGACAGUAGCUUUCCCCCCCCCCCACCCCUUGUAUUGUGGCAGUGCCUUUAAGCAGGCCAUUAAUAAAUGAACUUAUAAAAUAUCUAAAAAAGAAGAAAAAAAAUCGGUGCUCUCGUGCUAAACUUUUUCUAUCCUCGUGCGGUUCAUGUUAAAAGAAAAAAAGAACAAAAAUAACUCAAUAUAAGAUUUAACAGAAAUUAUAACUUUCUUCAAAUAUUAAUAAUAAACAUUGUCAAGUUUCUUUGUGGGUGUGGGUUUGACUUGUUCGUUUACUCAGGUGUAAAUAUGUACUCCUGGGACUCUGAGGAUGCACUCGAAUUUACUCGGCACCAUUUACUGUAAUCCUGAUGGGCAUGUUGUAAGAUUUUAAAUACGGUUUUCCAAAGGCCGGAACUUCUUUUUCUUUAUAUAAGCUUCUGAUAGCCAAUAUAUUGUGCUGAUGUUCACCAUAAUUCAUGUUCAUGAACAGUAUUUAAUGUGUCCCCGUGUUUCAGGGUUAAAUAGUCUUUCAUGAGACAUUGAGAUCAAUAUUGAACUGUCUGUUAAAGUCCAGCGAAGGAAACUCUUGUAAAGUUUUUGGCCGUUUACAGCAGGCUGACCGCUUGCCCUGAUCCUGAUCUUGCUACCUUGGACAUUUCAGAGACUGACCAGCUCAUAAAAGUUGUUUUCUUGUAUUGGAUUUGAACAGAAAAAUUCAAAAAGACACUAAUUUGAACCCCUAGUGUGCUGUUUAGUACUUCUGCUCUACAAGAGCUACACUACUGAACAACACUUGAAUCCCAUUGGUCAAUGACAUGGUUUAUGAGCUGCUCAGAGCGAUCAAAGAUACAUUUUCUGACAGGUCCUGGAUCAGGGCUAGGGAUUAACCUGCUAACUGACCCCCAACCUUCUUUUCUCCCCCUUUACACACAAGCGCACUUUGUUUUUCCAACUACAAAGAUUGAACUAGUCUAAAUUGGCUCCAUAUAUCAGUAAAAAAAAAAGAGAGAACUUUAUUUAAAAUCUUUCCCCUUCCACCAUCCUGUAUAUCAACAUCCAGGAAGCAUUGUAAGUAUGGUAAUGCCUUCCUUAGAGCCAGGCUAAAGAGUCAACACUCUUCCAGUGCAGAAAAGUGUAAUUCACUGCUCUCUGUUGGCUUCACUGAGUAAUGCUUCACUGCGGAGACACUCGUCCACAGACUCAACCUGUUAAAAUCCAUUGGAAUGCAUAUGUUUAUACUGAAAUGUGUGUUUUCUAUGUUCCACAGCCAUCCAUCUUAACUUGAAAUUAAAGUUUAUUAUCAAUCCGAA